UCUUUUGCAACUUUUUGUCUUCUUUGUUGGUAGAAAUAAGAAACCUCCCAAGAAGAAUCCCACCGACGACUACCCCUAUCCCACCAUGGCUUUCCCUCCUCUUUUAUACCCUAAAAAACCCCACCACAAUUCAUAGAUGGCUUCUAUAUAGCCAUCUAGAAGCCAUAAAAACUCAGCUUCAUCGAUCUUAUAAUUCUAUCCAAACAUUCAUGGGAAACUGUCUGUUUGGAGGCUUGGGAGAUGUUGAUCAUGGAGUAGUCGAAGUGGUUACUUCCAACGGAGGUGUCAUGGAAUUUUACGCGCCAGUUUCCGUAGGCUACAUCACCCAAGAAUUCCCUGGCCACGGGAUUUUCCGCAGCCAUGAUCUUUUCUGGAAACCGCUCUCUCCCCAUGAAGAACUUGUCGCGGGACAGUCAUACUAUCUGCUCCCAGUCAACGACGACGUCGACAAGGACGACAUGAGUCGACACGGCCAAAUCGUCCGGAGAGGACACGUCCGAUCCAACAGUAGCGUACCUGCGUCGUUGGCUGCCUCAUAUAGGAUGUCGCUCGACUACCAAGGGUUGCUGAAGAGGUCGUACACGGAUGUUUUCUCCAAGUACAACAAUGGGCGAUUCUGGAAAGUGAAGCUGGUGAUUAGCCCAGAGCAGUUGGUGGAGAUACUUUCACAAGAGGGUCGCACCCAAGAGUUGAUAGAGAGCGUGAGGACCGUGGCAAAGUGUGGGAAGGGUGGUGUUUCGGAUCUGGAAUUUUCAGAUCAAUGGAGCCUCUCAAGCAGUUGGAAUGCUUCCUCCAAGAAAGAAGCAUUAGUAGACAUGAUUUAGUACGCGGUAGUAGAAUUAAAUAUAUCUCUUUUUUUUUUUUUUUUUUUCUUCUUCUUCUAGGUUUCAGUUUCCAUAUGAAAACUAGCUCGUGUCUAGUCU